AUGGCUUCUGAUCCCCAUUCAGCGGAAGACCCGCUCCUCGCCGCAUUACCCCCAGUUACGGACUACAUCACCUACUUGACCAUACUCGAGUACCAGCUAACCCCGCAAAAUCUUCCUACAUUAACUAGGCUGCUUUGUGAAGAUGAUGGUACACUGGCACAGGAGAUUGGAUGGGACUUGUUGAAACUCGUUUUGCCCCUACUCAGCCACUGUCCGGACGAAGCCACCCACUGCCUGGAAGUCGUUGCUCGGCGAGGCAACCCUCGAGAGGUGGUUGUCCGUGUAGCUGAGGAGCUGGAGAAGUUGGGUGACGCCGGGGAUGAUGAUGAUCUUGACGAAGACAGCGAUGAGCUGAACCCGGCGGAUGCCGAAGACGAGCUGCCUACGUUUGCAGGCGAAGCGCCCCGAAUUCAUCUCGGCGCCAUGACCCUCGAAGGUGUUCCAGAGGCCCCAAAACAGGUGGAGCAGCAAGAUGUCGGCCAACAGGAGGACGGGUCGCGCUCUGCAAAGUCAUCCGCUUCGUCGAGACCACUGAAACUGCAGGCACUGUUGAAUAUGCUGAGCAUCCUUCACCCUAGGAUCAAGACACAAUAUCCAAGUAGGUUUCUCGCAACAUCGCUGCCCGCAGCGCUUGGCGCCUACCGGAGAAUACCCAUCACUACGGCCGUCACGGCGUCUUUUCUCACCAUGUUAGAAGCCCUUGCCGGCAAGAGACGUCCGCCUCUCCCUCCGCGAGACAGCAGCACCCGCGGCGCCACAUCGGCUCCGUUGCCGGAUCCAGAAGCCCGGGCGGAAGAAGAACAGACAGGUAUCAACACAUCGUCACCAGAGGAGAGAACUAUCACGUCUCGCCUUCUCGACGCAGUCCUGCUCGAGGUCCUGGAUGAAUACCUGUCAUCUCUCUCGUCCCAGGAAUUAUCAUCCAUGUCCUGGACAGCUCGUCUACGAGAGAAGCUUGAGCCUCAACGAAUAGUCCCAGGACGACCCACCGAGUCCCAGCUCUGGCAGGAAAGAGAAGAACUUAAGGUGCGAGACGCUCUGGUAGCAAGAUUCGGCGCGUUAAGCAGGGGAAUGAAUAUCCACGCUGCAACGGAGAUCAAAAGGCUCCUGCAUGAGGACGAGGACGAGACCGAAGACUCCUCACUGGACAAAGAGCAGGAAGCUUCGGAAUAUCCGACCUCGCCAUCCCAAAUUCCGUUUCCUAGGGCAGGCGUCAUUUUCUUGUACGCCUACGAGUCCUAUGUCAACGCAGAAUCUCUACCACCUCUUCUCACUACGACGGAGCUGACAAAACUGACUGCACACUCGUUCCCUCUCUCAGCGACGCCCUCGAUCCCCUCUCCCGCGCUACAGGACGCGCUGCUCUCACUUCUCUACCGCCGGAUACACUCCCCGUCAGCCACCGACGCGCCACCAUCGCCUGCCAAAUUUCUCCUGUUGUUGAGCACACUGACUCAACUUUUCACCAUUACGCCCUGGCCGGCUCUGCGUGACUCAGCCCACCACAUCGCCACUAAGCUUUUGCACGCAUACCCGGAUCCUAAGGUUCGACUGGAAGUGAUCGUCCAAACGUUGCGAGGUAGCACGUUGAGCACCAAUUGGGCGGAAAUCGAAGACGACCCCGACCCAGAACCAGGGAUCGAUGAAGAGACAGGGCUGACACGGAGCACGUCGGCGCUACAGCCGCAUCCGAUUCCUCUUGCGCCUCCACAGCAAAUAGGAGCCUUGAAAGCCGUAGGUGUCGACUGGUUGAAGGAUGAAUUCGCGAAUUCGAUCCGUCACCAAGACACAGGUCUAGCCUCGAUUGAGCAACCCCUUGCACGAACCGAGGGCCUUGACCUGUCGACCCUUAUCGAUGGCCAUGCAGACUUGGACAAGGAUGAUGCAAAAGAUAGCCGUACGCCGUCGCUUCUCGACCUCCUAUUCCCGCAGGACUUGCCCAGGUUUCCACCGCAGCCGAUCACGUCAGGCCAGCAAUCCAACACUGACCCCGAGGCGGACGAUUCGGACGAUCUGUUAUCGUUCCUCCUAGAUAUUCCCUAUUUCAUCGCAACGCUCAAUCUGCUUUGUGUCAUCCUUCCACACCUACCAUCCUCAUCCCCCAGCAGCACGACCGAUGUGAAGCCGAGGCUCGCCGCCCACGUCAGAUCGCUGAGUACGGCGUCCAACUUCCUGUUGGCGCUGCUCCAGCACGCCACCACAUCGACUGCAGCAGAUCAAGCAGAAGGGACCAGGGUUGAGGACACGGAAUUCCUGGCAGAGAGCCGCGCCGAUAUUUACGCUCUUGAGGACGCUUGUACUCGUGCCACCGCGGCUCUAGAGAAGGUGAUCAAACACGCGUAA